UCUGAUUUCGUCGAGGAAGCAAUUAAUGGCAGACGACACGCCAGUUCCGCACAGACGAAAAGGACUUAAAUAUGAAGUCCAAAGAGCUGUCCCUGCCAAUGAAGCAAGACAUCAUUAGACUGAAAAAUGAAAACAAACCCAUUAGAGAGAUAGCAAAAACGUUAGGUGUGGCCAAAUCAACUAUCUGGUACAUUCUUAAGAAAGAGCGAAAUGGUCAGCUCAGGAACUACCAAAGGACCGGGAGACCGAGGGUCACAAGCGUGGUGGAUGACAGGAGAAUUCUUGCCCUGCUGGAGAAAAACCCCCUCACAACAGUGGACCAGAUCAAGAACACCCUGCAGGAGUUAGGCGUGUUUGUGUCAAAGUCGACAAUCAAGAGAAGAGUUCAACAGAGUAGAUACAGAGGGUUUACCAGAAGAUUUACACCAGCGCUUGAGGCGUCAGAGGGUACAACAGAGAAAGGUACUUCUACAGAAGAGUUACACACAGGUUCAAACUGUAAGAUGGAGGUGAUGGAGGGUGAAUGCAGUGACCCAGCAGCUAAAUUUGACAAGCCUGAUGUGGCCGAGGAAGUUGAGGUGUCAUCUGCGCCCACCCAGCAAUCUCCUGCAUCUGAUGACACUGUUGAGGGGGAUUACCCCAAUCAGAAUAAAUCUGAGCAGGAUUGCACCAGUCAGAAUGAAGAUCAGCAGGAUUACCUCAAUCAGGAUGAAGCUCAGCAGGAUUACCUCAAUCAGAAUGAAGCUCAGCAGGAUUACCUCAAUCAGAAUGAAGCUGAGCAGGAUUACCUCAAUCAGAAUGAAGCUGAGCAGGAUUACGCUGAUCAGAAUGAAGCUGAGCAGGAUUACGCUGAUCAGAAUGAAGCUGAGCAGGAUUACGCCGAUCAGAAUGAAGCUGAGCAGGAUUACGCCGAUCAGAAUGAAGCUGAGCAGGAUUACGCCGCUCAGAAUGAAGCUGAGCCGGAUCAAGUCGAUCAGAUGGAAGAUGAUGUCGAUAAUGAAUUGUCAUUAGAAACCAGCUCUGAGGUGACCAUGCCACAUCAGGCUCUACAUCCACCCAGUGAACCUGCCCACCUCCCACCUGCAGAUGACUGGAGUUCUGAGCUGCCUACAGAUGACUUGUUUACUGGUCCCAUGAGUCAGACCUCCACUUGGGGUGGAGCCAAGAUGGACGUUUUGGGUUCAAAAAAGUGUUUGUUCUUGCAUCAAUGAGAAAUUGAGAAAACUGACACAAGGUGUUGUAUGUCCGGGAAGGGGGGGGUGUUGAUGACCCUUUGUGUUUUCUGUUUGUCUGUGUGAAGAUUGUCCAUGGAUAAAGAAAGUUAAAUUUUGCAUUUGCUUUAUUCUGUAUCGAAAAUGGUUUCUCAUAUUUUACAUUGUGAUGUUUUUAAAUUUGAACAUUCUUUAAGCUCUGACAUUUUUAUUCCUGUAGAUGUGAGCUAUGAAGGAUCCAUAAAGGGAUUUACAUUUGUCUUAUGAAACGGAGAACAGAUGGGUCUGGAUUUGAAUGAAUCUCUGAGAUUGUUCCACACAAUAUAAAGAGCACUGUGGCCUGCUGACUUCUUUUAAACCUUUUGAACACAGUAAUACUGCCUCCCAAGAAUUUGCCAAUUCUGCUGUAAACUUAAAUUUCACUUGUUUUGAUCCAGUUUAAUUAAAUAGUUUUGUUUUUUUCUUA